ACCUCCCACCAGGCCCCUCCAGCACUGAAGACUACAGUUCAACAUGAGAUUUGGGUGGGGACAUAGUCAACACAUCAGUCAUUCUUAUUUGUUGGAAAGAUACAGACCUAGAAGCAGUUAGUCCUACGGUGUAAACCACUGCUAAUCAAAUCACAGGUCCAUGAUGAGAUUAAAAGCUUGCACUGGAAUGUAAAUCAGUGUAUAUCCAUCUUUCGCUGAGAAAAUUUUGCUUGUAAGAAUGUCAGUUACACUGAACGGUGUGUUUCAUGACAUACUUGAUUUACACUUUGCCUCAGGCUUCUUACGCGGGAUUGCUGUCUGUGAAUAACUUCAGCCCACCUGCAAAUCAUACUUGGUGGAUCACUAAUAUAAGCAACUUAUUUUGUAAGUUAAGGCUUUCUGUGUUUCUGGUUACAGUGUUGGCACUGGGUUGGUUUUAAUGGACAUUCCUGCAGUUAUUAUCUUCUAGCUCCCUACUGGGCAGGUUGACUUUAUGAAAUGAGUACGAAAUUUGGAGUCCUGGCCCUGCCUCUUUUCAGCUGAAUGGCCUUGGACAAGUAACUUCCAUCAUUAUUAGCAUUUAAUAUUCCUGAACUUUUCUUCACCUUUAAUAUUUAUACUUGUCACAGUAAAUAAAAAGAAAAAUAAUUCUACAAGGCUCAUAAGAAAAAAUAGUAAUCUUCCCCACCCCUCUGAACCUAGGAUUCUUACUUCUGUGAGGAGUAAUUUCAAGCCUUUAACUCUUUCUUUUGGCAUUUUCUCUAUGUUUCCAAGGAACCUUUUUUACUGCUAUAUUUUCAUUUAUAAUUUUAGCUGUUUAAUGACUUGGUACUAUGAAAGAUGAGGGGUUUUGCUGUCUUACAUACAAUUAUCAUCCCCUCAUCCUUCCAGGAGUGUAUAUCUUAAUUUUUUGUUAGAUCAGUAUUCAGCAUUUAUAUCAUUAAAAUGGUAAAUAUUAUUCAUAGUUGAGUCAGGUAGUGUAAUAAGCAGACUUGUUUUUUGUACUGUUUUUUUGUUUUCCUGGAAAUUACUAAUUGUCUCACUUUCAUUUGGUUUUUUAAACAUACCUACCAUUGAUUGUUUCUGAACUCUCUGACACAGGUGUAAAUCUUCUGUCGUUGUGUUUAGACAUGGCAAGUAAUCUGUCCAUUUUCUUUUCUUUCAUUUCUUUUCCCUGUGAAGACAUCUCUCCUGGAGCUUGCCAUUCUCCAAUGUGGAUAGGUUGCUUUCAAGAAUAUAGCUGUCAUCGUGAGAACUCCCUUCACCAUUAUUCUGGAAGUUUUCUGUGCUCCUCUAUUUGUGUUUCUUUGCAUUCUCUGUCACCAUAUUUAUAUGUUUACAUUUCCAUUUUGAUAGAGCAUAGUUUUGAGAUCUUGUAUAUCUGAAAAUAAUCUUUAUUCUGUUUUCAGGCCUGAUUGGAAGUUUGACUGGCUGUAGAAAUCAGCUUUAGAAGUAAAUUUCCCUCAGGAUGUUUACAGUUAAAUAUGAAUUAUUUCAGACUUUAAUUUUUGGUAAUGGCAGAGUAAGUAAUUUGGGCCAGUCCACUCACUGAGGACAAAUAUUACGUUAGAUUUAAAAAAAUUUUGGCUUGAAGCAAAAUGCUAUCAGGAUGGUGAACAAUUACCAGGCUGGGAUCUGGGCUGGGCAAGAGGUUCAGGGAGGUGUGUCCAGGGUUUGGGGCCAUUAUUAACUGAAAGUAAAGAAAGCAGCCAAGAGGAUAAAAGAUUGAGUGGUAUUUUUGAUAACUUUAAGGGGCUAAGGGUCCGUGAUGGUUCUGAACGCCUCCUCAGUUUGGCUAAAGACCCUGAAAGGCUGUAUCCUAGGAGUAAGGGUGGACCAGAACAGGCCCUCUUGAUAAAACCACUCAGCUUCAAACAUCUAAAUCCCUGAAAUCAGUUUAAAUUAAACUUAAGAGUGCUACUGUCCCCAGGCAUCUCCAAAGUGCUAGGGCUUCCAGGAACCUGGAAGAAGCAAAUGUAAAUUUUCUCCAAAGGAAAAAUUACCAUUCUAGGUUUCAGAUUAUUCAAAUAAUUUUGCAAAUAUAAUGCUUGGUACUUGCUCAGAAAAUAACCUCAGACAACAUGGACCAGGAGACAAGACAACACAAAUGAAAAAUAGUAGAAGCAGCAGAAGAUAGAAAUAGACCCAUGAUAAAUCUAGAUAUUUGUCAUUAUCAUGCACACAGAUUACAAUUACAAUGUUUAUUGCGUUCAAGGAGCUGAAAGAUAAGCUUGAGCAUUUCAAAAAAGAAUUAAAAACCGUAAAAAUAAAUUAGUGGAAAUUUUAGAACUGAAAAAUAGAAUGACUGAAAUUAAGGGCUUAAAGAUUAAGGGAUAAUUAGUGAACUAGAUGAUGUGACAGAAGAAAAUGUCUAGAAUAAAGCACAGGCAAAAUGAUAGAAAAUAUGGAUGAAAGGAUAUGAGAAAGAGGAUACAACAAGAAAGUCUAAUAUACGUGUUUUUGGAAUCCCUGAAGGAAAAAAAAGAAUGAGAACGGGCACAAGCAAUAUUUGAAGAGAUAACUGGCUGAGAUUUUGCCAAAGGUUGGAAUGUUGCAUCAGCAGGUAGAAGAACAUGAAAAAAUCAAGCAAGAGAUGACCAUGGAGUAUAAGCAGGAGUUGAAGAAACUACAUGAAGAAUUAGGCAUACUGAAGAGAAGCUACGAAAAGCUUCAGAAAAAGCAAAUGAGGGAAUUCAGAGGAAAUACCAAAAAUCACAGGGAAGAUCGGUCUGAAAUUGAGAGGUUAACUGCAAAAAUAGAGGAAUUCCGUCAGAAAUCGCUGGACUGGGAGAAGCAACGCUUGAUUUAUCAGCAACAGGUAUCUUCACUGGAGGCACAAAGGAAGGCUCUGGCUGAACAAUCAGAGAUAAUUCAGGCUCAGCUCGCCAAUCGGAAACAGAAAUUAGAGUCUGUGGAACUUUCCAGCCAAUCAGAAAUUCAACACUUAAGCAGUAAACUGGAGCGGGCCAAUGACACUAUCUGUGCCAAUGAGUUGGAAAUAGAGCGCCUCACCAUGAGGGUCAAUGACUUGGUUGGAACCAGUAUGACUGUCCUGCAGGAGCAGCAGCAAAAAGAAGAAAAAUUGAGGGAAUCUGAAAAACUAUUAGAGGCUCUGCAGGAAGAAAAGAGAGAAUUAAGGGCAGCUCUUCAGUCUCAAGAAAAUCUCAUCCAUGAGGGAAGAAUGCAAAAGGAGAAGUUACAAGAAAAAGUAAAGGCAACUGACACUCAACAUGCUGUAGAAGCUAUAAGGCUACGGGAAGAAUCUCUGGCAGAAAAGAAGUACACCUCUCAAGGGCAGGGGGACUUAGACAGUGUGCUCUCGCAGUUGAAUUUUACCCAUACUAGUGAGGAACUUCUGCAGGCAGAGGUGACUCGUCUUGAAGGCAGUUUGGAAUCUGUGAGUGCAACAUGUAAACAGCUGAGUCAAGAACUAAUGGAAAAAUAUGAAGAAUUAAAGAGGAUGGAAGCACAUAACAAUGAAUACAGAGCAGAGAUUAAGAAGUUGAAAGAACAGAUUUUACAGGGUGAACAAAGUUACAGUUCUGCACUAGAAGGAAUGAAGAUGGAAAUCUCCCAUCUAACUCAGGAGUUACAUCAGCGAGAUAUCUCUAUUGCUUCCACCAAAGGUUCUUCCUCAGACAUGGAAAAGCGACUCAAAGCAGAGAUGCAAAAGGCAGAAGAAAAAGCAGUAGAGCAUAAGGAGAUUUUGGAUCAGCUGGAGUCACUCAAAUUAGAAAAUCGUCAUCUUUCUGAAAUGGUGAUGAAAUUCGAAUUGGGUUUACAUGAGGCAAAAGAGAUUUCACUAGCAGAUCUCCAGGAGAAUUAUAUUGAGGCAUUAAAUAAAUUAGUGUCUGAAAAUCAACAACUACAGAAAGAUUUGAUGAAUACCAAAUCUCAGCUGGAGAUUUCUACUCAGAUGUGCAAAAAACAAAAUGACAGGAUCUUUAAACCAACACACAGCAGAGCAACUGAGUUCAAGAAUACAGAGUUCAAGCCAACCCAUGGCCAGCACAGACAUGAUGGAAUAAAGACUGAGCACUACAAAACAGGUCUUCAUUCUCCAAGAGGACAAGCGUCGGAUAGUAUAGACCCCAUGUCUAGGGUGCUAAGCCCCCUGAGUCCUCAAAUCAGCCCUUGCAGCUCCACCAGGUCUUUGACUUCCUACUCUCUGUGUAAAAGUCACUGUUUGCCUUCAGCGCUAGAUACAAAUGAAGCCAAUUUUUCUGACACUGUGUCUGAGAGUAUGAAUGACCAAGAAGAGUUUAUGUCUUCGUGUUCCUUGCCUGUUUCUCCCCUUGGUUCAAUAGCUACUAGAUUUUUGGAAGAGGAGGAACUGAGGUCUCAUCACAUUCUAGAGCGCUUGGAUGCCCAUAUUGAAGAACUAAAAAGAGAGAGUGAAAAGACAGUGAGACAAUUCACAGCCUUAAAGUAGCCUCUUAAAAAAAUCACAAUCUUGGAAAUAAAAAUAAACACCAAAGAGUUACUGUCAUCUGAAGUAGCAGCUCUUUAAAAACAUGAAGAGAUAAAAUUAUAAAAAUGAUACAUCUAAAGCAGUGGUGAAGAAAGCUGAAAAACCAAUACUUUUGAUAGGCAUUUUCUCUGCACUGGUUUGUUUGAAGGACUUCCUCCAGCGAUAAGUUGUGAGAAUAAACCACUUUGCUAGACUUUUUUCUCAUACGAAUAUGUAUUAUCAUAAAGUGAUACUUAUCUUGCUGACUUAAAUGUGAAUAGCUGUGUACUAAUUGAAAUAAGGAUUUUAUGAUACAUGUUGAAAAUAAAGUAGCUGCAGGAACUUUCUUUAAGGGAAAUAUGUAGAAACAUGGAUUUAGGGGUCAAACUUACCUGGAUUGAUAGACUGGUUUUGUCACUUACCAUCCAACUGUGCUGGUUAUUUACUAGGCUGGUAGCCCCUCUUAGCCAAGGGGCUGGUGGUGUGUAAAGUCAGGCUGGCAGUGAAUAAGCGGGGUAGGCUAAAGAACCUUAGCAAGCAGUCCUCUCUUGCUCAGCACUCAUGCAGAGGAGAGAGGCAGGGAGGGCAAGGGACUGGCUUUCGUGCGUGGUGCCCAUGGAAUAUCCAUUGGAAAUAAAUGUUCAGCGUCUGCACUGCUGAGGACAAGUUUAGAUGGGAGAUAAAGAUCUGGAUGUUGAUGUGCCAGAAGCAUUUGAAAUCAUGGGAGUUGAUAAGAUCCACCAGGGAGGCUGUGGAGAGAGAGAGGAGCAGGAGGCUGGGUUUGGGGCCCUGAAAGAUGCCAGCAUCUGAGAAUCACAGGAAAUAGAUCUAGCAAAGGAACUAGAAUGUGCAGUUACAGAUGAGACAGGUCAGUGUAGUGUACUUGCCACCUUAAGGGUAUGGCCCCUGUGAAUCCUCUUUCUCUAGUGGAUCUUUCCCAUUAGCAUAAAACAUCCUGUUAUUUCCCCUUUUUUAAAAAAAAACCUCAUUUUUUUUAUACCUCUCUAUCUACUGCUUUGUAUGUUUAUUUGCUUCCUUUCACCCAAACACUUCUGAAAAGAGGUGUCUGCAGUGACUCUUUCCAGUUUCUCACCUCGCCCCACCGCAGUUCUCUUCCUAACCCUCUCCACCACCAUUUCCAUCCCCAGACUGCUUUCUUGCUCUUGAGUUCACCAGUGACCUAAUCAGCGUCUGAGCAUCAUUCAGCACAGCUGGACUCUCUCUUGGCUUCUAAGACCUGGAACUUCUGGUUUCAUCUCUACCUCGUCCUCCACUCCAUCUCAUGGUUUUUCCUCUUCUAACCUGUAAGUCAGAGGGCCCCCUAGAGCUCUGUCAUGGGUUUUCUCCCUCAGCAUUCUCUUCCCUAGAAGUUUCCAUUCCAAUCUCAAGCUCUUAAUGCCACUUAUAGGCCAGUGACCCUUACAUUUAUUACUAAUCUUGACCUCUCCCGGAGCUGCUGUCUUAGAUACCUAGCUGCUUAUGCGAUGUCUUCACUUGGAUGUCUGACAAACGUCUUGUUUCCAAGAGAGAACUCUUUAUUCUCCCUCUUGCUAAGAUUCCAUAUCAGGACACAGCAUUAUGUUUGCCUGUUCCUAGGAGUUGCUGAUAAUUCCUUCCUUACCCACGUCUGCAUAUCCAGUCAUUUGGGAGGUCCUGAAUCUUCCCCCAGAAUCUUAUCUCAGACCCAACCAUUUCCCUCCUGCACUUCUACCACCUGAUCCAGACUACUUCUCUCUCACCCUGAUUCUGGCAGUAGCCUAACUGAUACUACUCACACCAAUAAUUCAGGGAACUUCUGGAGUUAUCCUUUAGAAAAGUAAAUGAAACAGUGUCACCACUGCUUCCCUUUAGACUCUUCCAAGGCUUCUCUUUUUUUUUAUUGAGAUGGAGUUUCACUGUGUCGCCCAGGCUGCAGUACAAUGGCAGGAUCUCGGCUCACUGCAAUCUCUGCCUCCCGGGCUCAAGUGAUUCUCCUGCCUUAGCCUCCCGAGUAGCUGGGAUUACAGGUGCAUGCCACCAGGCCCAGCUAAUUUUUGUAUUUUUAGUAGGAACAGGGUUUCACGAUGUUGGUCAGGCUGGCCUCGAACUCCUGACCUCAAGUGAUCCACCUGCCUCAGCUUCCUAAGGUGCUGGGUUAUAGGCGUGAGCCACUGUGCCCAGUCCCAAGGCUUCUUACUCCACUCAGAAUAAAAUCCAAAUGAAUUAGUAUAGCCUACAGGGCCUCAAUAAUCUGGGCCUAAUCUCCCAUUGCAUCAUCCUUUACUGUGUUCCACCCAUGCUGUCCUCCUUUCUGUUUUUUGAGUACAACAAGCUUUAACCUCUUAGGGUCUUUGACUUGCAGUUUACCCUGAAUAUUCCCUUUCUCUUACCUCACCUGUGAUUGGCGUUUUCCCCUUGCAGGCCUGCACUCUGGCAUCUUCUCAUGAGCAAGCCGCCUUUGACUGCUGCCUCCCAAACCUGCUUCUCCCCAUUUCUCUAGCUCAUUGGCCUGCGUUAUUUCCUUCAUAGUGCCCACCACUAUCUGAAAUCAUUUCAUUACUUGAUUUACGUUUGUAUUGUCUAUUUCUGCCAUUAGAAUUAAAACUCCUUGAGGGCAAGGACUUUGCUUAUCUGGUUCAUGGUGGGAUCCCCAUUACCCGGCACAAGCCCAGCACUUAGGAGAGGCUCAGCUAGUUUGAACCAAUGGAAAAUGCCAUUCCUGAGGUGCACCACAUCAUUUCUUUCGUGUUGGUGUGCAUGUUGUCCUUCAGUUUGCCUCCUCUUCCCGUACCCUGUCAUGUGCUCUUGAAACUCCCCAUUUACUUGGCUACUUUAUCUGACUUGGCAAAGCUUCCCCCUAUACCCUGACCCACAUCAGGGAACGUUUCUCCUCAUUGCUCUCACAGCACCCUGUGUGUGGCCGCGACCAGACUGUGCUAUCCUCUUUGAUUUCUAUCUCUCAGGGGCUAGGUCCUGCCUACAUCCUCAGUCAGCAUGCUGCCUAACACGUAACAUCCUAAGCAAAUACUGGGUGGAUGAAAAUCACUACUGUUCAAGUCUUCAUUGUAUUUAUCAGUAAAACCGAAAUAAUAUCUAAUGGCGUCGAGAACAUUUACUGAAAAUAUGUAUCUGAAAGGGCUUUGCAGAUUUUCUAAAAAUACUGUAGCUGUGUGCAUUGCUAUUAUAUUCAGGAGAUUUUUAGUUUUAGACAGUCCCAAGCUUCAGCUUAAAAUCUGUAGACUGCAACCCAUUUCUGAGAUGUUUGUACUACGUGUUGACUAGGAGGAACAAUGACAGACUCUGUAGUCACGAGAAAUACUUAAGGAAUCAUGAGGUACUAUGUAUUUCCUUAAAUUUGUACUGUUUUUUAAAGCUGAAGUAUUUAGUAAUUAAUGGGUUAUCCAAAUUUGUCAGAAAAUUCAACUGUAAUUUAAUGUCUCACCUUCAUUUUUCAAAAAGAUAUAUUAAUACCAAA